AUGGAUCCAGCAAACGAAUACUGUGGGCUUGAAGACUAUGGCCUGGUGGGGGACAUGCACACUUGUGCACUGGUCAGCAAGAAUGGCAGCGUCGACUCCAUGUGCUGGCCCGUGUUCGAUUCUCCUUCCAUCUUCUGCCGCAUUCUAGACAAGGAGAAGGGAGGCCAUUUUUCAAUUACCCCGGAUCGCAGGUUGAAAAAUCCACUCAGUAAGCAGCGCUAUCGUCCGUACACCAACAUGCUGGAGACCCGCUGGAUUCAUGAGGAGGGUGUGGUAAAUAUCCUGGAUUAUUUUCCGAUUGCAAAACCCAAGCCGCAUGUGGUCGAGAAAGGACUUCCUCAGUGGUGCCGAUGCUAUCAGAAUAAAGGCUCUGCACAACAGGAGGCAUGUCGUUCAGGGAUGGUACGGAAAGCAGAGUGCGUGCGUGGUGAAAUGGAGAUAGAAAUCGAGCUCUUCCCGGCGUUCAAUUACGCCCGCGAUUCACAUAUAGCCCAACAGUCUUCAGCUUCGGACGACGGUAUCCAAGUUUACCACUUCCAGUCAGAGAGUCAGAAUCUGGCUGUCAGCGUUUUGGGAGACAAGGGUGAUAUUUCUGAGGACGACUCUGAACUUAGCAUUGAAUUCGAACUGUCCGACCGACCCGGCCACCUGGGCCCCGGUCUGAUUGGGAAGGUUACCUUAAAAGAAGGACAGUCCGUCACUAUGCUUCUUCACGAUCAGGAAUCCAUAACGUGCAAUGCCCAGGAUUUAGCGCCAUAUCUACAGCAGAUUGAGCGAACGACUGGCGAUUUCUGGUCAGAUUGGACCAGCAAAUGCACCUUCCGAGGCCACUACCGCGAGCAAGUGGAGCGCAGUCUACUCGUUCUGAAGCUUCUGACCUACAAGCCAACCGGAGCAAUCGUGGCAGCUCCCACCUUCUCACUACCUGAGCAUAUAGGUGGGAGUCGCAACUGGGACUAUCGGUAUUCAUGGGUACGCGAUGCCGCAUUCACCGUCUAUGUGUUCUUGAAGAACGGCUAUCCAGAAGAAGCCGAAUCGUACAUCAACUUCAUUUUCGAGCGUAUCUUCCCGCCGAUGGAUAAGAAUCCAAAGCCAGGGGAGCCCUUUCUGCCUAUCAUGAUCACUAUUCAUGGUGAGCGCGAGAUCCCCGAGAUGGAACUCGACCAUCUAGAGGGGUACCGGGGGAGCCGACCGGUGCGUAUCGGCAACGGUGCAGCGACUCAUAUCCAGCUCGAUAUUUACGGAGAACUUAUGGACAGUAUUUAUCUCUACAACAAACACGCAGCCGAUAUCUCAUACGACCAGUGGCGAGCUAUCCGUCGCAUGAUCGAUUUCGUCAUCCAGAUCCGCCAUCAGCCUGACCAGUCCAUCUGGGAAGUGCGCGGGCCACCGCAGAACUUUGUUUACUCAAAGAUUAUGCUUUGGGUGGCUUUGGAUCGUGGCGUGCGUCUAGCGGAGAAGAGAUCCAAUUUACCGUGUCCGGACCGGGCACGAUGGAUGCACGAACGUGAUGCACUAUACGAUGAGAUCAUGACCAAGGGGUAUAACGCAGAGAAGGGAUUUUUCUGCAUGAGUUAUGAGAAUCAGGAUGCCAUGGACGCUGCUGUGCUUAUUGCGCCGUUGGUGUUUUUUGUAGCGCCAAACGAUCCUCGGUUGUUGAGCACCAUCCAGAAGAUUACGGAUGUUCCCGCAAAAGGAGGGUUGAGUGUGGCUAAUAUGGUAUCACGGUAUGAUACUGGGAAGGUCGAUGAUGGUGUUGGAGGCAACGAAGGCGCUUUCCUAAUGGUCACAUUCUGGCUCGUCGAAGCCAUGAUGCGCGCCGCCAAGUCCAAAGCAUAUCUUCCUCACGACCCGUUCUUCCAACAACUGCGCAAGACAGCUACAUCGCAGUUCGAUAGCAUUCUCUCUUUUGCAAAUCAUCUGGGAAUGUUCUCCGAGGAGGUUGCGACGUCCGGAGAGCAAAUCGGCAACAUGCCGCAGGCGUUUAGCCACCUGGCGUGUGUGAGUGCAGCGAUGAAUCUCGGCGGAGGGGGCGACCGAUGA